AUGCUCUCAAACUUGUCUGUUGUGGAUGUCUCAUCACUGCACGAGGCUGUUCAAGUUUCAGAAGUUCUAAAACAGCUAACCUACAAGGCUGAUGAACUCACUUCUACAUCACAGUUGGAAGCCAGUUCAACCCUUCUAAAUAUGGGAAAAUCAUUGCUGACUUUCAGUGUUGUGGAUGAUGAAGAUCCUGAGAAAAGAAUAAUUGCAGCAAAUACCCUCUUUAACGUGGUUAACAAUGUUUUGGAAGCUGCAGUAGAAAAUGAUGGCCAAGAACACUUGGCCAUGGAUACGCAAAGAGUGAUAUCAGAGAAGUUAUUGGACACAAUAGACCAUUUGCAGGCUGUGGUGCUAAAUGAUGCAAUAGCAAAUGAAGAACCUGUGCUAAUGAUGAUGCCCUCAGUAAGCAUGUACCUACAGAGGCUCCCAGCAGACAACACAGAAGGAAAUUCCAUAAUUCUUUCUGAUUCCACUGUGACAAGCUUCACUCUUCCAGCAUUCCAGUCUCUGAACAUUCAAGAUGACAUGGACACUGUUGAUAUGAGGGUGGAUACAGCAGAACAGUUACAAGACACUGUCAAACAGACGAGGCAACGGAACUACACCACCUAUACGCACACCAAGAACAAGAAACUGGAGAAACUUGCCAUCACCACCAACAGUAACCAAGUCUCCCCAGUAUCACGGUUGAAAACGAUUGAAGUAGACAUCGAGGGCGUUUUUUUACUUCAUUCACUCUCGGAUCGCUACUUGAUAAGGAUAUCUUCUGCACGACCACCCAUUGUGUACAAUAUCAUACUGACUUGCUCUAUACCUGGCUUUGCAGCAAGGCUGGAUGCAAUGAUACCUUGA